UCGGCUUCACCAACCAGCGCCACUAUAUACCACACCCUUCCCAACCACUCAGGCUGAGCCUAUGGAUUGCCCCUCUCGGUCUGCCCGUACUGGCUGCCUGGAGGCCCCUUCCUCGCCUCAGAAUGGCAGGCAAUACCAUGUACGACGUCGUGGUGUUAUCCUCGAGUCCGCCGGCCGCUUCCCCGCUACAUGAUGCCCCCUCCCGUCGCGUCGCCAUGCUUGCGUCCUCUCCUCUCGCAUUCUCUCCUCCUGCGAGCCCCCUCAGACCGGCGGCCGGCGCGUCGAAGAGCAAUGCGAGAGCGGCUCCUAUUCCCGAGGGAGCUGUCAGAGGAUUCGCCACCGUCGGCAGCCUCAUACGCUCUGAGCAUUUUACGAGCCGCCUAGACGACGACUUCGAUGCGAUACAGCAAGCGCACUCACGGCGAACAUCGCAGGAUAUCACAGAGCCUCCUUUGGCUGCGGAGAAGCCCAAGAAACGAACCACGAAGAAGUCUACAACUACUACUACUACCGCCACCGCUGCAGACGGCUCCGAGAAGCCCAAACCGAAGCCUCGAGCGCGCAAACUCAAACCCAAGUCAGACAAAGAAAUCCUGGACUCGGACGACGAAAUCCGACGCCCACUGCAACGACCUACAAAGUCCCCUUUCUUCGACGACGAUGCGACAGAACCUCUGGUCGAGCCUGCGGCACCAGCUGCGGAUGCGCCGAAGCUCACCAAGUUAGGCAAGCCCCGUAAGCCUCGCGCAAAGAAGGCCAAGACUGCGGAAGAUGGCGCAGAGUCUGUGCCAAAGCCAAAGAAACCGAGGGUCACAAAGGCGAAAGCAGGGGCGGGGAAGGGCAAGCAGGGAGAUGCGUCGCUCGUUUCUGCGCAUUUCCAAGAUGUGGCAGACGGAGGCGAGGGGUCGGCAACACGGCCUUCUGUAGAGGAUCACGACACUCAGGUCAAGCCUCAAUCGAUCUGGGAUGUGCCGGAAAGCCCUAAGCCGAAGAACAAGGCCGCACCGAAGCAGCGACAGCCAGAUCCCAUUGCAGAGGGAUUGGAGUUGGAAGAGGCUGUCGUAAGGAGGAGAGAUUGGACGCCGCCACCCGAUACCACAAUCGCAUCACCGUUUACGGACUCGACUGGAAAGGAGAACAAGAUCCUCUCGCAAAACGCCGAUGGCUCCUUCACAAACCUCCUCUCCAACUUCGCAUACGCACAAUCGCCAUCUGCGCAGGCCGCUGCAAAGUCGGCCACCGCAGCUCCAGGGGCCGUGGCUGCGACAAAGCGGCGGAGAAUCGAGCUCGUCGAGAUACCCAGCAACAACACCAACUCAAGAGACUCGUCCCCUGAGAAGGGUAAAGCACCGAAGAAGAAGCCGCGCACGAUUACCGACCUCGUCACGGAGCAGUAUGCCCUGAAGGAUGCACAACCGGUUCCAGAUGAUGCGACUAGCAACUUCUUUGAGCCUCAAGCUUCUACAACUACAACAAAAGUGCCAUUGAACGACGGACCGACAGCUGAUGGCGAUGCAGUACCAAAGAAGCCGGUGCGCAGGCGUAACAGCUCAAAGUCGGCCACAGAGAAAGCAGAUCCCAAGCCAAGAUCGAGGAAAGCAUCUACAAAAGCUGCCGCCAAGCCCAAGCCUGUCGCGGAGAGGUUGCUCAGUCCUUCGUCUGCAAUGUCGCGUUUGCAGCAGCAGGAUGUCUUGUUCGGAACAUCAAGUCAGCUUGUGCUUGAAGAGUCGCCGACAAUGGUGCGUCAACUACAGUAUGCACUGAACGAGUCUGAGCAGGAGGUCGACAAUGCUGCAUAUGACGCGCCGCCGCGAUGGCCACGGCUGGGUAGGGUGGAAGGCAAGCGCGGGCUUUGGGCUGCGAGUGCAAGAGAUGAUGAAGGUGGCAUGCUUGAGCACUUGAAAGACGUCUAUAUACCCGAGCCAGACCGAACGCAAGACAUUCCAUUGCUCAUGCAUGGCACUACGGAUGCACCUGAUGAGCAAGCCGAUGAUCAAUCUGACUUCAUAGAUAUUGACGAUAUACCACCGGAUCCGCCGCCACCAAUUACCAUAUCUUCUGAUCCACCAAUGCCACCUCCCACCACUUCACGCGCAACUCCAAUUACGAAAUUACGCAAUGAUGAUAACCAUAUCAAAGAUAUGGGAUUUAGAGACAUUGACGACUUCGCACAAGAUCCACCACCUUCCGGGCAGAAGCCAGCAUCGCCACAUAGCUUCGUUGAUAUUGAUGACUUUGACUUUCCCCCCUCUGCGCAGAUGCGGAGAUCGCCAGUUUCGAUCUUCAAACCUCCAGCCUCAGCACCGAUCACCAUGGACGGCUCACCAAAGAAGCGCGGAAAGCCACCAGAGUCACAUUCUACAGUACCCACCUCAGUCUCCGCAUCAUCGACGCCAAUACUGAAGCCCCGCGCAAAGUCAAAGACUAAGACCAAGACGCCGUCAACCCCGCCAACAGGCUCUGGACGUUUCAUCGACAUCGACGAGAUCCUCGACUCCGAAGACGAAGCCAUGCAGCUCCUCUCUCUCACGCCGCCCCGAACAACCAAACAAGUCAACUCCCAGCCUCUAUCUCUAAUCACCCUCUCCCCCACCACUUCGCCUAGCAAAACGAAGACAGCGAAAUCCACAACGGCCGACCCUGCCUUAACACCCAUCUACCGCACAUCAACCCCCCUUCUCGAAUGGCCCAACAUCAAACCCCAGAUCUUCUCACAGAUAACGAGUCAUAUUCGGUCUUUACCUCCAACACGCGACCCCGCCCACCCGACCUGGCACGAGAAAAUCCUCAUGUACGACCCCAUCGUCAUCGAAGACUUCACCGCGUAUAUCAACAUGUACACGCCCAUCCGCGUGUACAAGAAAGCCACGCAGAAGCAGAUUAAAGCGUGGAACGCGGAUAUGAAGAAGCGGGGUAAAGAGGUGCUGAGUGUGGGGAUUGGGAUAGAGAGGCAGAGGAAUGCGGAGGGGGAGUAUGUGGAUGAGGUGUUGGCUGUGGAAAAGGAGUUGGAGGGAAGUAUGGUGCAGGGGUGGUGUGAGAGUUUGAGUAUUUGUUGUAUUUGGGGUGAGAAUAGGACGAAGAAGGGGACGGCUAGGAAGGGGUUUUACUGAUGAUGAGGUGUUAUACUGUUCCAAUGCUCUAAUGAGAUACUUAGACACUGAAUUAGCGUCAUCGCCUUGACAUCUUCGCUUCCAGAAAUUCUGUCACAGACUGCAUCCAUCGGCAGUAUUUCCAUGGAGAUUUUGUCCAAGAUUAUUCCUCGCAAUUGUGC